AUGCGCCUCACUCCCUUGACAAGUGUCGCUAGCGUCCUUUGGACUGGAUAUUUGACACUUGCGAGCCCAACAUCAAAGAGUGCAGAUUUGGCAUCCUAUAUACUGAAAGAGGGCCAACGAUCUGUUCUGGGAAUCACCGAGAACCUUGGUGGUAAAGGCAGCAAGGCACCGGGUACUGCUGCGGGCUUGUUCAUUGCUAGCCCCAACACGGCGAAUCCGGACUACUAUUACACCUGGACUCGUGAUUCAGCACUCACCAUCAAAUGCUUGAUCGACCUGUUUGAAAGUUCUGGUUGGGGUUAUCCUAUCACUCACCAAGAAUUGGAAGCCGAUAUUCGGAACUAUAUCUCUGCACAGGCAGUGCUACAAAAUGUAUCCAAUCCAUCCGGAACUCUGAAGGAUGGCUCUGGACUUGGUGAACCCAAGUUUGAGAUUGAUCUGAACCCAUUCACCGGUUCCUGGGGCCGACCUCAGCGGGAUGGUCCCGCCCUGCGAGCGACCGCCAUGAUCACAUACGCCGACUGGUUGAUUUCCCACGGCCAAGGAUCUGAAGCAUCAGAAAUCAUGUGGCCCAUCAUUUCAAAUGACUUGGCGUAUGUUGGCCAGUACUGGAACAAUACCGGCUUUGACCUCUGGGAAGAGGUAGAUGGAUCAUCCUUCUUUACCUUGGCUGUUCAACACCGUGCAUUGGUCCAGGGAGCAAAUCUUGCAAAGAAGCUCGGCAAGUCGUGCCCUGCCUGUGCAUCCCAGGCACCUCAAAUUCUUUGCUUCCUACAGAGCUUCUGGAAUGGAAAGUACAUCACAGCCAACAUUAAUCUUGAGACCAGUCGUUCAGGUAUCGAUCUGAAUACGGUCUUGGGAAGCAUCCACACCUUUGAUCCGGAGGCUGCAUGCGAUGAUUCGACCUUCCAGCCUUGCUCAGCUAGAGCCCUUGCAAACCACAAGGUCUAUGUUGACUCCUUCCGUUCAAUCUAUAAGAUCAAUGCGGGCAUUGCAAAGGGCUCAGCCGCCAAUGUUGGUCGCUACCCAGAGGAUGUGUACCAGGGGGGAAUCCAUGGCAAGUAUCUCGCCACUCUUGCGGCGGCUGAAAUGCUGUACGAUGCCUUGUACCAAUGGAACAAAAUUGGCAAACUCGACGUCACUGAAACGUCGCUAGCGUUCUUCGGAGAUUUCGAUGCCUCCGUGAGAAAAGGCUCCUACUCGGCGCAUAGCCAGACCUUCAAGACUCUCACUUCAGCUAUUCGAACCUAUGCGGACGGUUUCUUGACUCUCGUCCAAGAGUACACUCCGUCCAAUGGAUCCUUAGCCGAGCAAUAUAACCGAAACACCAGCGUUCCUCUAUCAGCCAAUGAUUUGACCUGGUCUUAUGCGUCAUUCGUCACAGCUGUCCAGCGUCGUGCCUCCAAUGUACCAGCCUCGUGGGGCGAGAAAUCUGCAAAUGUCGUCCCCACUACAUGCUCCGCAUCGCCUGUCACUGGAACUUAUUCGGCCGUCGCUUCUGCAUUCCCGACAAGCACUAGCUGUGUUCCCGCGACAAACGUCGUACCGAUCACAUUCUACUUGAUCGAGAACACUUUCUAUGGAGAAAAUGUGUACAUGACCGGUAAUAUCAGUGCACUUGGCAACUGGAACACGGACAACGGUUUCCCGCUCACGGCAAACCUGUACACUGAGACGGAUAAUUUGUGGUUUGGCAGCGUCGAGUUCAUUUCGGCGGGGACUCCGUUUGAAUACAAGUAUUACAAGUUUGAGCCGAAUGGCACGGUUAUUUGGGAAAGUGGUGAGAACAGGGUGUACGUUGCUCCUACCGGUUGUCCGAUUCAACCGAACCAGCACGAUGUGUGGCGGUCUUGA